GGUGGCGCGUCGUACGUCGCACCAUUCGCGGUCUGACGCUAGCGAGGCACGGUCGGUGCCUACGCGGUUGCCGCCUCCGGACCAAGUUUUACACAAUACCAGUUCAUCAACCACAAGGAUGAGGGUCCGUCCGCUCUCGGCGGCCCUGCUACUCGUCCUCAUCUCCCUACUAUCCGAGGUUUCAAAGGCGGAGGAUAUAUACUGGGAAGGCGAGGAUGACGCUUCAAACGAAUUUUUGGAAGUAGACGACACCGAUAAAGGUCUCGGCAUCGGAGGACAUUUACAGCGGCUCAAACGAGAUCUUAUGUCAUUUUUCUCAUCAACACCAGUUCCUGAAUAUGACGAAAAUGUCACUGAGGAUGACGAAGACAUCGGUGACAAAAGCUUCGACAGCGGAAAUGAGGUCGAUGGUGGAUCAGGAUUCCCCGAUCGACUAGAACCGGAGUUGAAAGAAAAGACGCUUCGUGUCACAUUCGUGGUUAUGGAGCCAUACCAAAUGAAUUACUCGAAUCGUGACUCGUUGGCCUUCCAAAACUUCUCCAAGUCUCUCGCUGAAGCUGUCAACGCAGUGUUCAGGGACCUCCCUGGAACUCAUAGAGCGAACCUUGUAAGAAUACAAUCCCGCGCGACCGACGAGUUCUCUUGUAAGGUUACUUUGGAGAUAGUCACAAUCGGAUACGAAGAUACUGACAAAGUUGUUGAAAUACUUCGCGAACACAUCAGAAAGAAGAGGAAGCUCGGCGACGUCACUGUUACUGAUGAAGAUUUUAGUGCCACCGUUAUUGAUCCAGCAUACAACACGCCCCUUGACACCUGCGCUGCUGAUGAAUCAAGAUGUAACGACGGUCGCUGUAUUCCAUCAUCUGCGUUGUGCAACGGAAAUAGAGAUUGCUCUGAUGGCUCCGAUGAGAUUGGAUGCCGAUACGCUGAAGAAGAUCAAAAUAUAUACGAUGAUGAGGAUCCAAAAUACGAGGACAGGAAAUUACCAGCUGUUGAAAGCUCCCCUAAUGAACAGGAUCAGGACAAUGCGAACAACACAGUAACCAACGAAGUAACAGAAGCGUCUCCCUCAGACUCUGACCUUGGAGAAGGAUCAGGGGAAUGUGAGAAGAUCACAUGUGAUGGGUCGACUCUUAAUAUUUGCGUGUCGCAACGAUGCGAUGGUAUUAGAGACUGUCCGAAUGGUAUCGACGAGGAUAAUUGUGAAAUUUCCCCUACACAACGUGGGGAUGCUCCAGAGCAAACGGACAAUGACGAGUAUUACAACCCGGAGGCUGCGCCACCGCAACAGCCAGAACAGCCACAAUCUUGCCCGGAGGGAGAGAUGCGAUGUGAUGAAACCCGCUGCGUGUCAAGUUCCAAGCGGUGUGAUGGUUACCACGAUUGUGAUGAUAUGAGCGAUGAAGAAGGUUGCCCUGAACAAUCCUGCGGCAACGAUGAUUUCCGUUGUGGCAAUGGAAAGUGUAUUGAAGGAGCUCGCCGUUGUGACCGCGUCGUGGACUGUCCAUCGGGCGAAGACGAGAUAGCUUGCGAAUGCAGCGCUGAUGAAUUCCGCUGCCAGGACGACGGCUCCUGCAUUGAAAGCAGGAAACGAUGCGACAAUGUCAGACACUGUGCAGAUGGAUCAGAUGAAUACAACUGUGAUGCUGAGUCUUGUCCACCAGCCAGCUUCACAUGCGACCCUGGUUCAAGUGUUCGCUGUGCCAAGCGAUGCGAUCGCAACCCCGAAUGCGACAACGGUGAAGAUGAAGAGGGUUGCUCUGACUGUCACGAGUGCGACGGACGAUGUAUCGAAGAUUAUCGCAUCUGCGAUAGAAUACCGGAUUGCUCCGACGGCUCUGAUGAGUUGGGCUGUAACGAUUGCGAUGGACCAGACGAUUUCAGAUGCACGAAUGGCGAAUGUAUAAAGAUCUCCCAACAGUGCAACAACGUCGAUGAGUGCUCGGACAUGUCCGAUGAGUUACACUGCAAUUCAACUAUAAUAGCCGAAUCUCCUGAAUGUAGCGACAACCAAUUUCGCUGUCGAAAUGGUGCGUGCAUCGACAUUCAAUUCUUCUGCGACAAACAUGUUGACUGCCUUGAUAAAUCCGAUGAAGAAAAUUGUCCAUGCGACGAGGGCUACUGGCAAUGUGUAUCUGGUCAAUGCAUCUUGGAAUCAGACCGAUGCAAUGGCCUGGUUGACUGCAGCGACGCUUCGGAUGAGAGCGACUGUCCUACUACGUAUAGGCCUUUCGUCACCUACCCUCCACAACCUGAGACUACUCAGCGACCAUAUUACACGACUACUUCGACACCGUUCAUACCCCAGUACCAACCGAACAACCGUGUAGAAUGCAAAAGAAACCAAUGGCGUUGCGAGAACGGCCCAUGUAUAGAGUCGUAUCAGCGGUGUGAUGGUCACGUUGAUUGUCCACGCGACGGCAGUGACGAGUUCGACUGUCCAGCUGGCAGCCCAGUCGCACUUGAUUUGAAGACCUAUCCCUCAGAGCAGACUGUCAGACACGCCAAUUCUGGAGGUGAUGUGGUAUUCUCAUGCCGUGAUGAAGGACCGGUCAGAGCGGCUGUAAGAUGGGUCAGAGAAGGCGGCAGGCCUUUAAAACCUGGCUCCGUGGACAGGAAAGGACGUCUUGAAAUGAACCAAGUUACCCCGGCAGACAGCGGUGUCUACAUCUGUCAAGCUCCUAGAUAUUUGGGUACCAGAGGCGCUGAAAUCAGAGUUGUCCUUAAUGUUGAAAAUGCACCGGCUACCUCUAGCCCACCUUUCGCUGCUUGUCAAUCUUACCAAGCCACAUGUGGUAAUGGUCAAUGUAUUCCUAAAACUGCAGUAUGCGAUGGAAGACUCGAUUGCUCAGAUGGAUCCGACGAAGACGCUUGUAAUCAAAACGGAAUGUGUGAGCCUAACCAAUAUCAGUGCGCAAAUCACAAAUGUGUGCUUAAAACAUGGCUUUGUGACUCUGAAGACGAUUGUGGUGAUGGUUCCGAUGAACAGAACUGUGGCCCCGUUGAUCCUUACCAGCAAUGUAGUAGAGUGGAGUUCGCAUGCGCUACCCAAAACCAAUGCAUACCUAGGAGCUUCCACUGCGAUGGACAGAGUGACUGCUUCGACAAAUCAGAUGAGCUCGGCUGUGCUCCCGUCCACGUCACUCGUCCUCCAGCUCCAGCCAAUGUCAGACUAAACCCUGGUGAUACACUCACCCUAGUGUGUGAAGCCGUGGGCGUUCCUACACCGCUUAUUUCUUGGAGAUUGAACUGGGGACAUGUUCCCGAAAAGUGCACAUCGACAAGUGAAAAUGGUAUCGGAACCCUUACUUGCCCAGAUAUGCAGACCGAGAACAGUGGUGCGUACUCAUGUGAAGCCAUCAACAACAGAGGUACUGUGUUCGCCGCACCCGACUCAAUUGUUUAUGUGAACAGAUCAGAAGCCUUGUGUCCAGUAGGAUAUUUCAACAGCGAGGCUCGCUCACAAAAUGAAUGCAUUCGUUGCUUCUGCUUCGGUGAAUCGACAACUUGUAAGAGUGCUGAUCUCUUCACAUACAAUAUGCCCACUCCUCUUGGAGAAGGUGGUACUAGACUUGUUGGUGUCAAACAAACAUACAAUGGAGACGUACAAAUCGACAAACAGCAACCUAUUUUCGACCAAUUUUAUUAUCAGCCACUCAGAAAUGGAGCCACCGUCACACAAGUGUCCAAUUUCAACGAUGUCUGGUCAAGAAAUACCGGUACUCACCCGUAUUUAACGCUCCCAGAGACUUAUAAUGGAAACCAAUUGACGUCAUAUGGUGGUCACAUUAAAUACAGAUUAUUGCCACACAACCCACAGCCUUAUGGUGCCGAUGACAAAGUUCCCGAUAUCAUAAUCAUGGGUAAAUAUCAAAACCUGGUGCAUCAAAACCGUGGCGACCGCUUUUAUGUAAAUGCACGUUUAACUCCCGACAAUUGGUUGAAACCCAGUCCUCGAGGCUUGGUGCCAGCUACCAGAGAAGACAUAAUGAUGGCCUUGGACGAUAUCGAUACGAUUCUUCUUCGUGCUGAUCUCAACAACGCUGGUGUUAACAUCACCGAAUUUACUAUGGAAUCAGCUCAACAUAUCAACGUCGGUCUGGGAGCAGCUAGCCUAGUCGAAGAAUGUACUUGUCCACCGGGAUACGAAGGCCUGUCUUGCCAGAAAUGCGCGUCUGGAUACACCCGUGAAAGCUCUGGACCAUGGCUCGGAUCGUGUGUACCUAAGCGUUCCUGCCCACCGGGUACAUAUGGUGACCCCAACAGCGGAGGAGACUGCCGACCUUGCCCUUGUCCACUUACUAACAGGGAGAACCAAUUUGCAAGAACCUGCUCGCUUGGACCCAGUGGAGUUGUGUACUGCGAUUGUAAUCCAGGUUACGAAGGAAACGAUUGCAGUCGUUGUGCUCCCAAUUAUUAUGGCAACCCAUUGAUACCAGGAGACUCUUGCAAGCCUAAACCAUCGGAUAACUGCAAUGCUUUAGGUACAGCGCAAGUGCGAUUACCAGACGAGUGUGUAUGCAAGGAUAACGUCCAAGGAAGAUUCUGCGAUCAGUGCAAGUCUGGCACUUUCUUCCUUUCCAACGAUUUCAGAUACGGGUGUGCUUCAUGUUUCUGUUCAGGAGUAUCCCAACAGUGUAUGAGCAGCAAUUUACGUAGGAAAACGACCACAGUACGUUUCAAUGUGCCGCAAAUAGUUGGUCAAGUGAAAUUAUACAAGAGUGCGCCUUUCGGCUCAGGAGGCUCAGUACGGUAUAAUGCGCCCAUCGAAACUGAUGUACAGCCAGAAUUGUAUGGAGGGGAAAUCACACUUACCAGCUUCGAUAGAGCACAGCCGUCAAUAUACUACUGGAGUCUUCCAAUAAGUUUUGCUGGUGACAAAGUAACCUCGUAUGGUGGAUUCUUGAAUUAUGUACUUCAUCACGUACCAGCUCCUGGCGGACAAGGUUCAAGGAACAACGCUGCUGACGUGCAACUUAUCAGCGAUAACAGUUUGACGUUCAACUACUUUGGAAACUUCGUACCGGAUAGUGAAGGUUACUUGAAUGCUAGUGUACAAUUCUUGGAGAGAGGUUGGCAGAGGCCGGAUGGUAAAGAGGUGUCGCGUGAACACUUCCUUCUUGCUUUAGCUGAUGUGAAAACAAUAUUGAUAAAGGCAACAUAUACAACAAACACAGAGGUCGCUUCUAUUGCUAGCGCUAGUAUUGAAACCGCAGAACCUGGUGGUACUGGGCCCUUGGCACAGCAUGUAGAAGAGUGCGUCUGCCCAGGAGGUUAUGUCGGAACAUCUUGUGAAGAUUGUGCCCCUGGAUAUAAAAGGAUAUCAAGUGGAUUGUAUUUGGAACAUUGUGGACCUUGUGAAUGCAAUGGGCACUCCAACAUGUGCCACCCAGAAACUGGUGUCUGUUAUAACUGCGCUCACAACACCGCUGGAGCGAACUGUGAAUUGUGUAAAGAAGGAUACGAAAAGGAUCUUAACAACAACUGCGUGCAACGUUCCUCUAGUACACAGACUCCUUGCAACUGCGAUCCACGAGGAGAAGAAAUACCAUGUGACUCUAACGGGUACUGCUCAUGCAAACAAAACGUUGAGGGCGAAUCUUGUGACCGUUGUCGACCUGGCACCUUUGGUCUGGAAGCAACAAACCCUCUUGGAUGCUUGAAUUGCUAUUGUUCCGGAGUUACUAGCAAUUGUCAUGAGGCCAGCCACUACACACGAAUUCCAAUCGCUGCACCUAUAUUUGGUGAGAAUUAUGGAGGAUACACUCUCACUGACUUGAAUGGAGAACAAGUUAUCAAUGAUCACUUCGUGCCGGCUCCGGAUGAAAGUGAACUAAUGUAUAUAUUCUCGUUCUUGCCUGAAGGAGAAUUAUACUGGUCCUUGCCUAUUUUCCCAGGCAACAGAGUGUUAUCAUACGGCGGUGUUCUAUCAAUGACACAAAAAUUCCAAACUGGAGGUUAUCCUGGAGAAUCUACACCUGGCACUGAUGUUGUACUUAUUGGCGAUCAAAUAUCUGUUUACUGGAUGAAUCCAACACCCAUUAAAUCUGGUGAAGCUUUAACUUACCAAGUGCCACUUCGCGAAACCGACUGGUUUAUCCUUAAUUCAGCGACACCUGCAAGCCGCCACGACUUUAUGGCGGUAUUGAAGAACCUCCGACGAGUUUUAGUGCGAGCCACCCUUUCGGAUAGGAUUACCUCGACGGCCAUCGCUGACGUGUCUAUGGACACAGCUGCGGAAAGCUAUGACACUACAUCACCAGUCGCUAAAGGCGUCGAGAUGUGCAUGUGUCCAGAAGGCUACAGUGGUACAAGUUGCGAAAGUUGCAAUACAGGUUACUACAAAGACCAGAACGGUUACUGCAAACAAUGCAACUGUAACGGCCACGACUGUCAAUUGAACGCCUAUGAUGAAGUCAUCUGCAACUGCAGACCUCCUUUCACUGGACCAGACUGUUCUACUGUUGAAGGUGAUUCAAGCCUCGACCUGACCACACGCCCGCCUCUUCCACAAAGUACCGUAGUUGUUAGAAUUACGAGCCCAACAAUUAAGAUCCAAGAAUUGGGAAGUACAGUGAACUUUACCUGCCAAGCUAGAAGUCGCAUGGUUCAGAGACCUUUACAAAUAUCAUGGUCCAAGGCUGAUGGAUAUUUGCCCCAGGACAGAACUCAAAUUGACCAAACAAAUGGAUUGCUUCUGAUAACCAAUCUUCAAAUCUCCGACAGUGGUAAAUACAUUUGUCAGACAAGUGAUGGAAUAUCAACUGCUCAAGCCAUCGCUACUCUUAAAGUUCCUGGCAACGACAUGACUCUCCCGACGGUAGCAAUAAGCCCAUCAAUUAAGGAGUACUAUGAGGGAGACAGAAUUGAACUCACUUGCAGCACAACUGGUAACCCCGCUCCAAGGAUUACCUGGCAGAGAGGAAGUAAUAGGCCAUUGCCUAGAUCAACUGAAGUUUAUGACGCACUUCUAAUAAUUGAAAGUGCUCGGCUUGAAGAUUCUGGUGAAUACAGAUGUAUUGCAUCAAACGCUGCUGGCUCUACAGACAGGACGGCGGUAAUUACCGUACGUUCAAGACCUUCCUGGCCUCCUGCUCAAGACAAACUGACAGUCUCAUCGGCAUCGCCUACCAUCGAUGAAGGACAAAGCACCAGAAUUGUGUGCACCGGAACAAGUAACGUGCCUGCUGGAGCUAUCGACUGGGUUAGACAAGAUGGUACGGCAUUCCUGCCGAACGUACGUUCCGACAAUGGUGUUUUAUACGUUGAUUACGCUCGUCUUGAGAACGAAGGAGUUUACAUCUGUCAAACAACAUCUCCAGACGUUAAUCCUAAAUUAAUUGUCCUUACCGUUAUACCGCAAUCUACACCAGCGCCAUCGGAAGUGUCAAACAUCACCGUUUCUGUUGACCACCUUAAAAUACCAACAGGCGGCAGUGGAACAAUUGAUUGCACACCCCAAGGAUAUCCUUUACCUCUUAUCAAAUGGACUAAGUACCAAGACGUUUUCAGUCCUGGAACAAGCCAACGCGACACUACUCUUAUCAUAAGCAACGCCCAGGACAGUGAUCAGGGUUACUAUAUGUGCGAGGGAACAGUCAACGGAAUACCUGUUGUGAGCAGUUAUGUUUACGUCGAAAUAGAAAAACGUGAACCACCACGAGUAGAAAUCUACCCACCCGGAGAAAACUCGGUUACUUUGGGAAGUCAACAUGAAAUUCACUGCCGUGUAAUGGGCGGAAUUCCUGCACCCAUUAUCACCUGGGACAAGAGCAAAGGACGAGAAUUUUCACGAUACGUCCAAGUGAAAAAGAACAACAUACUCAGCUUCCAAAAUAUAGAAGUGAAUGAUGAAGGCACGUACACAUGUACAGCUACCAAUGAAGCGGGUACCGCAAGCGCUAGCGCUAUCGUUAAAGUUAGGUCGCCUCCUGAAAUAACCUUAACACCAAGCAAUUACGUACCAACGAUAAAGGGAGAGAAAGUAGACAUUGAAUGCAGAGCUGACGGCUAUCCGGAACCCCUUGUGUCUAUCAAAUCAAAGAGUGAUUACCGGGAACUAGUACCACCGUCCCCAAGAAUUGCAGUCUUCUCCUUACCGUCCGUCAGCGAGCGGGAUGAGGGCGACUACAUUUGUACCGCCAGCUCAGUGGCCGGUAUUGUAUCGGAAGAAUUUGCUAUCCGAGUAGACCGAGGAGAUGGUGGAUUUGGUGAUGUCGAGGGCAGUGGAGAGAACGAAUUCAAUCCAGAAUAUACUCCAGAUAUUUAUGACAAUAGCAGACCUGCUAACAUGUUAGCCGUUGAAGGCCAAAGGAGUGUAUUUGGGUGUAAUGCAUCAAGCGAAUUCCAAGCCAUUUGGGGAAGAGCUGACAGGCGCCCUCUUCAGUACAAUGCAAGACAAGUUGGCUCUGAAUUGAUUAUUUACAAUACCUCAAAGGCCGAUUCGGGUAGAUACGAAUGUACCUUGAUCAACCGUCGCACAAAUGAAGUCCACCAAUCUGUGUACACUAGUCUUCAAGUAAUGGCAGCUCCGAGAAUAACUCUGAGACCACCGACACAAACCGUCCAUCCCGGACAAUCGCCCACAGUUGAAUGUAUAGUUGAAGGAGACGACAUUUUAAGCAUAACCUGGAGACCAAUAAACACCGUACCAUCCAGCCGCGUCGAAAUACGGGACUCCAUGUUAAUAUUCCGCCAAAUAGAAGUGGAGGAUGCUGGAGAGUAUGAAUGUUUCGCCAUGAACAGAGUCACGAAUGCAACUGCCAUUGCUGAAGUGAAAGUUAACGAAGAAACGGAUCGUGCGCCUUCGGAGUCGCAUGAUAAUGAACAAUUCGCGCAUGUCGGGGCCGCCGUACAUCUUAGCUGCAACGUCACUCAACCUGGACUACGAAUUAGAUGGAACAAGGACGGCAGAAGCCUACCAAGAUCGGUAUCCCAGAAGAACGAUGGCUCACUUUUUAUUAGACUUGCUCAAAAAUCAGACAGCGGUCGUUAUGUUUGUAUCAUCUGGGAUACGUAUGGACGACAAACUAGCAAUUACAUCAACCUCCACAUUGAGGGAAACCGAGAUGAAGCACCCGCAUUAGUUGGAAUAGACCAGCCCCGAAGAGCUUUCAGAGUUGGAGAAAAGGUCGAAGUGCUCUGCAGAGCUAGAUCUCCUGAUAUCAGAGUGUCUUGGGGAAGAUUCGGAACCAACCAAUAUGUGCAAACAAGGAUUUAUGGAGAUGGUGCUCUGUUAGUAAUACCUAAUGUAGAGCAGUCUGAUGCUGGUUUGUAUAGAUGCAAUGGACUUAAUCGUUAUGGACAAACAUCUAGUGAAGAUUUUACACUUGAGGUUAUACCAGUAUCUGAUACACAAUCAUACCCCAUAAACGAUGGCGAGACAAUGUACACAGCUCGAUUGGGCGAUACUAUUGACCUACCUUGCACUACCAAUCUGGAAGAACCUGUUUCUGUUGAAUGGAGGCGUGAAUUUUCACCAUUACCACCGAACGUGAGACCAUAUGAGCGUAAUCUACAUUUGGAUAGGGUGACGGAAGCUGACGCCGGAACAUACGUCUGCCGUGUUAGGAACAAUAUUGCUCGAAUUGAGACCAAAGCAACUCUUCGUGUGGUAGGCAUCGUGCCAAAAUUCAAUGGCGACAGCUGGCUGACUUUGCCGACUCUAAAAGACGCUUACAUGCAGUUCGAAAUAGAAAUUUCUUUCAAGCCCGCAGAUCCAAAUGGAAUCAUCCUAUACAAUAGCCAAAAAGAAGAUGGGUCAGGCCACUAUCUUCUCUUGGAAUUAGUUGAUGGCGUACCACAAUUUACACUUAAGUUUGAUGCUGCUGAUGCUCUUGUCACCAGAGGAGACAGGCCUCUACAACUCAACGCAUGGCAUACAGUAAGACUACGGCGCAGUGGUUCUAAAGUUACAAUGGACGUCGACAAUACUGGACCUUUCUCCACUGAAUCUUCAGUACAAUACCAAAUACUGGACCUGUAUGCACCACUGUACAUCGGAAAUGCUCCUCAGCAAAGACCUGUGGAAUUGGAAUUAGCGCCUGGAUUUGUGGGAUGUGUGAGCAUGUUAAUACUUGGCAAGGAAGAGAAGAACAUAAUGGCAGACAGUCUUAACAAACACAAUGUUUACGAUUGCGACUCAUGCACACCUAAUCUAUGUCUAAACAACGGCGUUUGUCAGGAAGCCAGAAACGAACGUGGUUACGUUUGCCUAUGCGCGAAUGGCUAUGCUGGACAAAACUGCGAUCGAACUGGUGAAGCUUGCCGCCCUGGUCUUUGCGGACCCGGAAAGUGCAGCGACACUGCUGAUGGAUACAAAUGCGCUUGCCCAGUUACUUUUACCGGCAAAAAUUGCGACGUCAGGCAAUAUAUCGAAUACCCUGCUUUCACGGGCAGUGCAUUCCUAGCUAUUAAGCCACCACAGACCUCGCGUUACUUACGCAUGUCUAUGAAGAUAAAGCCAAAGCCACCAGUCACUGACGGUAUCAUUAUGUACUGUGCUCAGUCGGCAAGAGGAUACGGUGGAUUUACGUCACUGGCCGUGAAAGAUGCGCGAUUGGAAUUCAGAUACGACCUUGGCGACGGAAGUGAAUCAGUGGUGCUGACCAGCAAUAAGACACUGCAACCAAACACAUGGACAUCGGUGCAGGUUGCUAGAAGCGGCCAAUUGGUUUCUCUGAACGUGGACAUGAUCUACAGCCACAAUGCUAAACUUGCAUCGCCAAAGGACUUGAACCUAGAAACACCUCUGUUCGUCGGUGGAGUAGAUGACUCCAUUAUUCUCAACAACAACACUGGAGUUUCUGGUGGUUUUAGCGGAUGCAUCAAGGAUGUGAAACUUCAAGGAGACGAUUUGAACCUUAUCAACUCAUCCAUACAAUCAGCGAAUGUACAAGAAUGUGUAAACUACGACCGCGGUGACAUACCCGAGAUUGAAAGCAUCUGCUCCCAAUGUCGCAACGGAGGAUACUGCUUGAGCGCAGACUCAACCGCGUGUACUUGCCCAUCCGGUUACACUGGCUUGUACUGUGAGAGCCGUGUUCCUCUUUCAAAUCAACGCCGACCCUUGGGAGACCCCUGCUCAGCUUUACCCUGUAAAAAUGGGGGUUCAUGCAAAACCGAUCGAUCAACACGAAUGAAUUAUACGUGCGACUGUCCGCUAGGAUAUGCGGGAUUGAACUGCCAGAUGACGUUAGAGCUUUUGAACAGUGUUGGCUUUAACGGUAAUGGCUACAUAGAGAUACCCGCCAACUUCUUAAGAUACGACCAGUUGGAAAUCGAGCCGGCUGUGAUCGCAUUAGGAUUCCACACAACGAAUGACGGUGUGCUGUUUUACCAAAGAGAGGCACAAGUUGCCCGUGGUGGAGACUUCAUACUUAUUAAAGUCGAAAGAGGCAUCGUGGUUAUGGAAUGGGAUCUCGGCAGCGGUCUGAAUAGCGUAGCCAUUGAAGAGGUCCACGUCACAGAUGGUGAAAUCCAUAACCUGAUCGCCAAGCUGUUCUAUGAUAACCAUGUGGAGUUGCAAGUGGAUAAUAUAUCGAAGAACGAGAUGACCAACGGCAUCUCCAACGUCAUGAACGCUGACUCCAAUAUUUAUAUCGGAGGAAUACCUGACAGGUGGAACUCUGAGUUCAACUAUUACCCAGGUCUUAUUGGGUGUAUUGAGCAAGUUGAAUUCACUGGUUUAAUGCGAGGUCUUAACCUUGGCAAAGAAGCUGUAGCUGGAAGAAAUACACAGCGAUGCAAAGAAUAAAACGGACCCGUUUAGUUAUAUUAGCUGAGGAAUGUAUUUAUGGGACGCUAUUUAAUAUCUCUCUAUAAAAUUUCGAGUUCCAAGCAUUAUAAAUGUCAAUUGAUAAAGAAUAUAGUGUAUAAGUAGUCAUAAUAUCAUUGAUUAAUUUUCAAUAUCGUUAUCGUUACUUUCAGAAUCAAUGACAAUUGAUGGAUUUGAAAUUUGUUAUGAUUUAGAGAUUUUAUUGAACGAUCAUCUAGUAUUAAGCUAUCACCGCUCUGGAUAACAUUGCUUUCGUAUUCUUAGGUAAUGUAAAAGGAAUGUAUAUUAUCAAAUUCUACUAAACAUCCCUAAUCCUCGGGAUCCUCUAUAAGAGUCUUUGGUGCCAUAAGAUAAAUAAUUGUUGUAGUUAGGAAACUAUUUUUACUGUAUUUCAUAAAUAUUUUACUCCGGCAGUCAUUUUAUAUUUUUUUAUACGAUUUGUGACUUAUGAUAUUUUUAAUUCCGUGUAUUAGUCUCGUUUUCUGAAAGUAUCGACUUUAAUUGGGUGAUGUGCCAAAAGUAUAAGAUUAGUUAUUUUAUUUUUGUCAACCACUGCCAUUUGAUUUGUUUUUAUUUUAACUAGUAAUAUAUCGAUGUCAUUUUAAUUCGUAAAGGAAGAAACAUUCAUGUCUUCAGUCUUUACGCAGCAUUUAAAGUCCAAAUUGCUUAACGAAGUUAAAAUACACGACUAACAAAUGUUCCUUAAGAACAAUACUUUACCAGAAAAGAUUAAAUUCCUUUACAUGCAUUUCUAGUUUUUUAAUUAGAUACAUAUUGUGUAAUGCUUUGACUAAGUUUUAAUAUUUGUUUCUCGAAAAACUCUUAUUGCACGAUUGAAGUAUAAUUUAUAUACGUGAAUGCCUACUAUUUUAUAUUUUAUUGAAACUGCCUUUAUUUUAUAUGUUUUCUUCUAUAUUCUGUAAGUGAAUACAUACGACUAACAAUUAAAAAUAAAAAUAAUGUGAAUAUGUA